AUGAGUGAGGCUGGUGGCUACUCGACCCUCCUCGAACUAUGUACACACAUGAAUGCCGCGGCACCGGCACCGAGCAGGCAUGCCAGUCACUCUGAUGCUCCUUCCACUCAGCGCCUGUCCUCCUCACCGGAAGCGGAGGCCUCCACCAUCAUGACAGGGGCGGGCUCUGUCAACUCAAAGCCGAGUGGCUCCGUCGUUGCUUCUGCUGCUUCUGUUGCCUCACUUCCUCACUUCCACUUCCUGCCCACCAAGCGGGCGCCGCGGUUCACCUCCCUUGCCCUUGGCAGCGAGGUGGAGCCGAGACGAGUCGAUGAAAAUUUUGACUUGCGCGCCAAGGAAGGGGUCACGGCGUUUUCUGCGCCAUUCAAUCUCACGUCGCGGCGGGCGACGCUGCCCUUCGCCGCGGCUGCCACCUGCCACAGCGUCGGAGGCGCAACCGCGUCCGAAGGCUCCCUCCGGCUUGCCCUGCCGACUCCGGUGGGUGACUCCAAGACCAUUAACGGACAGAACCCCACGUAUAGCGUGACUCACUCCAGAGUCACGCUGUCACCAGCGAUGGUGGUCGACGAUGCACACCAGCAGUGGCGCCUCGACGGACUCACCUCCCCUGACAGGGGUGUCGCGGGCGAGGAUGCCGCAGAAGACGCCGCUGGUGCUGGGCAAGGAAGUCCUUUUCUGAGCGACAACCUCAUGAGCCCUGUUGGUGCCGUCCGCGAUGAUGGUGGAGCCGGGCAAUUGAUCGAUGUGGCGAGCACGCAACACUCAUUCAUCAGCGAAGUUGACGCCUUUCUCGGCGCGAUGGAGAUGUCCGAUGAGGAGGAUUGCUCCUUGGACCUGGCUGCGACGAGGAGACCGCAUGCCCUCUCUAGCACCGACAGCGUGGCAGCGGCGAUGGCCGACGUGUGUGCUCUUGGCAACGACAUCGACUCCUCGCCUCCAUCCUGUGGCUGUGCAUGUAUGAGGGGCUGCCCAGACCCGAAUUGUGUCUCUCACAUGCUGGACAUAACCGUGACACUCAACAUGGCGCAGACAGGGGUGCCGCGAAAGGCCUCUGCCUCUGCUGCGUCUGCGCAGUUCACGUACCAACGCCUCUCCUCGUCGACGCCUGGCAUAGGCACCUCGGCAACAACGAUUCUUACCACGGCAGCCCUCACACCGCCCACCCCUCAUACCGGAGAUGAUGUACACCCGCCCAAAUCGUUCCCCGACGCGGGACAAGGUGCAGCCCCUUUUCUGCACAGCGACCGAGAGGACACGCGGGUAGGCGGAGAGGGCGUCUUCGACGUCACCGCCGACCCCACUGCAGCGGUCUGUAUUCAGGCUAAACCUCCAUCGACUGCUGAUGACGCCGUAACGGUCCAGCACGAUGCGAGCGGUAGUGACGAGCGAGGUGCCCCCUGCCCCGGCGUGUCAGGUGUGGGAGUGGGGACCUGCACUGAGCACGAUGCCAGACUGAGUUUUACAAUACCGAUCAACCGUGUCCAGCCAAGGACGCCCCUGGUCACCGAUACGAUUAGCGAAGUGUACACGAGCUCCUUUGCCACGGUGACCACUAGCAAGUCUACCCAGGAGUCCUCCUCGUCGACGCAGAUGCUGAGCUCGCGUGAAGGUGUCAGCAUCGCUACUAGCGUCUCGGCUCCGCGUUCGCUGCUGCAGCAUAAUUCCUGCGGCAGAAGUACCACCACCCCCAAGCUGGGGAGUCCACUGCAACUGACAGAGGAACUGCAGGGGCAGAAGCAGGAGCCUCGGCGCCCCUCGUUCUCUCCUCGUGACACCUUCGACAUCGACAAAGAUAGCUCCGCCCAGGUGUCUGGUGGCGCCCCAACCGCUGCGGUGACAGAUCUAUCGUCUUCGCCGUUGCCGUUCUCUUGGUUAUCGCCGGAGUCCCCUUCAUCGCUACCAUUUGUGCGCUCGCAGCGCUCGCAGCACCGUGGCACCGUUGCUGCCUUCGAAGAAGUGGAGCUGCUUCCCGAGGAGGAGGCCGUGCUGAAAAGACCCGAGACACGUGACAAAGAGAAAAUCACCACCAUCGACGCUGUGCCGCCUCCUCACUUACUGCGGGGGCCGGACCGGGCAGCCGAGGAGUGCCGUGAUCUUUCCGAUGCCGUACCCACACCACCGGCUACGGAUAGCAGCCGUGGUGCACGAGCGCAUUCGGAGUCUCCGGGAGACGACGCCAACUCGGUGGACUCCGCCGGUGCAUUUUUCCCGACUCUUCAGUCGAAACUAAGCAAGUGGAUGACCUGGGUGGGCCGCAAGUAUCAUGGCGUGUUGCGCGUCACUUCUGAUGCAGCCGGAGAGGAGCAGUCGCUGCAGCAGCAGCAGCAGCCAUUGGAGUCGCCGCCGAGGCGCAGCUGCGCUCCUCAGCGGAAGUCAAAUGAUGACUCCAGUGGGCACCGCGUCUCUUUCCCACCGUGGGACAGUGCGGAGGCGGUCGACAACGGCAGCGCAGCCUUCUACGAUGCUCGAUCCUUGAAUGGCGAGCCGUCGCACCUCUCUUUCGCCCUCUCGCUUAGCACGUCGCAGGCCAACUCAAGCUACGACGGUGAGCGGUCGCGACACCCCGGGGUGCAGGAAGCGCUGUGCGGCCUGACCACUCCGUGGUGCGGCGGCGGAAACAACUGCUGGUACAGCAUGGGUUGGCAGAUGGAACCACGCCGGACGAGGCGUGCAACUAACGGAUCCAUGCGGCUGCGCCGCUCCAUCACGACGUCGCCGCUAUCGCCCUCCAUUCGCGACGGGCUCUUUCCCACGUCUUCGGGAGAGCGGCUCUGCGACUCGACGACGCCGCCGGACCUGUCCCUCUCUGCGGAGUCUCUGACAACCACCUUUGAUGUGCUGAAGACUCAAAUUUUCAGCGGCGGCGCCCUGCAGCGCCUCUCACGCAGCUUGGGCGGCCCCCUGAACAGCAGCGCCAGCGGCACCAGCAUGUCGGGUGACCAUCACAGUCUGUCGCUCCCUUCGUCUAGAGACUACCACAGCCACGUUAGCCACUCUAACACAAGCGCCAUCGCCGACGACCGUUACCGUGACACGCUGUAUCGCCUCUUCCGCCAUCCCCCGAGCAGCCUCAUAGGCGAUAUCACGGAGUGCUACGAGGCCUACAAGGCCAUGACCACCUCCUCGAACGGACAUCACGUGCUGAACUGGGGCGAGCUUGGCCUUCUUCUGCAACCAGAGGACUACAUCGAUUACCGCGCUCUCUUCCCACCCUACCAUUUCGUUACCUUUGAGGACUUUGUAGAUUUUGUGGAGGUGCUGUCGGUGCGCUACCACCGUUGA